AUGGAAAAUGGAGUAAUUCAAGCAUAUUAUGGAACACAGGCACGAAAAGCAUUUAAGAAUAUGCCAUCAUUUCCACGUACCAACGAAGUCAUACGAAUCGUUCAAUUGCUUGAAAAAACUGCCGUUACUCUCGAUGGUUCUAGACGUGAACUCACAUCUUGGUUAUAUCAAAAUUCAGCAUCCAUUGAAUCUACUCGUUUACUUCUCGAUGAUAUAACUAUAAGCGAGUUUGCACUUGUGUCUAUCAUACAUUCAGAGAACAUAUUUGUACUCGUACUCACAAAUAAUCAUUGGAUUGAAAUCUAUUCGGCUAAAUCACUUAAUAAUGAACCUCUCUUUAGUUUUCAUCUUCGUUCUCCAGCUCGAGUUCAUUCAACACCUAGCGGAAUAUUCUACGUUGUAACAUGCAAUGGUAUCGUAUAUUCUAUUAUUCAACAAAUCACUUCUGACGAACAAAUUCAAUUCAAUCAAACAGUCAAUAUUCAAUUGAAGAUUCAAUGUUCGAUGAUGUUUAGUUCGGUUUUAACUCUGAAUGGAUUAGAAAGUCUUAUUGUUGUUGCUGACAAUGGACAAUCGAUGGCGAUAUGGAAUAUGCAACAAACUGUCUAUAUUGAUAUAGAUGUUUCAUCUUAUGUUUCAUCAUUACAAUUGAAAACUAUCACCGGUGAACGAACAAAAAAUUUAUUAUUACUAUAUUUCAAUGAUAAAAGUCUUAUUUCAUGUCAAGUAAAUCUUGAUAAAUCAAAUGAUAAAGGUUCUCUUCGGCUGACUUCAUUCGAUCGAGCUGAUAAAUUUUGUCUCAAAAGUUACUGUCUUGCUGCCUACAACAAUGGCAAAACUGAGUUUAAUUUGCACAAUAUUCAUUCACAUACAUGUUAUGAACCGAUUCAACUGGAUAAUGAAUGUCAAGAAUUAUGCUUGAAUGAAACUGCAACUUAUGAUUUUGCACUAGUUAAACCUCGAGUUUUAUUCAUGUAUCGAAUUAAUGAUUAUCGACAAUUGGCAAAAUUAUUUGUCUAUGAUUUUGUCUCGCUCAUCAUAACCGAUAAAGAAUUUCUCGUGUUAGCUAUGAAUGAUCGACGUCUACUAACACUAAUGAUUGUCGAUCCUGAUGAUUCUACGUUGCAGACAAGAAUACAAUCAUUACCGAGCAGAAGUCUUCAGCGUAUAAGCAAAUCUGCAACCACAAAACUUCUUCAACAUAUAGAGAAAUGUGCCAAUAUGAUUUCAAGCGACGAAGACGACUCUGACUUUGAAGAAGACAAUACCGAAGUUAAUAAUCAUCCUACAAGCAAGAAAGAUAACAAAACUACUAUACAAAAACUUGUACAAUCUACUCGCCUAUUUCGUUUUGUUACUCGAUUGAAUGGUCGACAUUCACUUUCGAAGAUGAGUAACGAUGAAGAUAUACGAUCGAAACUUAUGGCUAUAUUAUUGAACAACGCAGAUUCGUUCGAUAUUGCGACAAUUGCAGAUGAUUCUGACAUUGAAACUCAUGAUGAUGAUAACGAUGUAGAAUCUUCCGGUCUUGUUAUUGAAAGUGACAAAAAACAACAACAAUAUGUCGACGUUGACUUGAACGAUAUUCGUCAAAAGACAUUAGAAUACGAUCGAAAACAACUCAAAGGAGUUCAGUUCGCCAAUGCGGGUGAUAGAAAUUUAAAGUUGUGA